AUGACGGCGAGGAUGGCUCGUCGGGGCAUAGCACAUGAUGAGAGUGAAAAAGGAUCAGACAAGAUGCCUAAGAAGCGUCGAUUUAUUAAAAUCAUGUUUGGCUUUGAUUUCUCAACAUAUUUGCCCCUGCCUCCCAGUUUUGUUAAGUCAGUGAAACACUUGGCGGAUCAAGAAAUUCAAAUUGAGGAUUCGAACGGGCUCCAGUGGUCUGUUAAACUCGCAGAAGUUGAUGGCUCCCUUUCGUUGAACGAGGGUUGGAACAAAUUCUUUCUGGACCACAGCCUGAGAGAAGGAUACAUAUUGGUGUUUGAGUAUGCAGUCGACGGUCAUUUCACGGUGUAUAUAUUCGGGCAGCCUGCUGUUGAGAUUACUGACUUCGACAAUGUGAGCCCCAAGAACAGAAAGCGGGUCAAAACGUACCCGGACCCGGUUUCCCCGGACAAACCAUUGUUAAAAAAAAUUGUGCAGCCGAGGGAAAAGUCGGGACCGAAUGACUCUGUGGCCCCCCGAUCAAAAACCAGAACUUGCAAAACUCGCUCUAAGGAGGCAGAUGGCAACAUGAUGAGGCCAAGUUGUGAGUUACCUACUGCGGGCUCGGAGAAUAAGAUUGGCAUGAUCAAUCGAGAUACCGAAAGCUGUGGAAGAAAAGAGAAGGACAUUUUGUAUGACCCGUCAUGUCUUGAGACGGGAAAGAAAACUCCCGCCAAAUGUGUCACUAAAAUUACUGAUAAGCUUAACACAAAUGCGGAUGGUAACAACACUCAAAUAAAUGCGAGCCGUACGGAUGGGGUAAAAAAGCCUUUGGAUGUUAGUGCAGGCCCUUCUCGUACUGCACAGAAGAAAGUGGAUGUUAACAGGAAUGCCAGUGAGAAAUUUACCGGCACAGUUGAGAAGGCUCCUGAAAAAAAGCGAUCCCCUUCUCGUGCUGUGAAAACAGAUGUUAAAAUGAAGAAGAAUGCUACUCAAAUGGCUGGAGAUCAUGUGGAAAAGAUCAACAGUGAUUCUAGUGAUAUUUUAGCUGAUAUGAACCGUGUUACUCGUUCUGAUAAAGGUAACCUCAGCGGGAAAGUGCGGGAAGACGCUUCAAAUCCUCCGAAUGACUGUUCUGAGAGGGGAAUUGCUGGAAAACGCAAAUAUCUUGAACCUACGAUUCCGAGUGAAGAGCUUGAAAAAUUGUGUGGCAAACGGCGUAUAAAACAGGAGCAGGUUGGGCCUAAAGGUGAACCUGAUCUGGCUGAUGAGGCAGUGCCAUCGAGUGGUAUAAGUCCGUUUACAGCAAAAGUCGAGAACAAAUCAUAUCUGGAGUUGCCCGUACAAAUUCCAUCAGUAAAGAAAGAUAAAGGAAAGGUUGUGUACAUCAGAGGCUCGUCUGGAAAGAUCUGGCCAAUGAUCUACCCUAAUACACUAAAAUCUGUGAAAGCAUUGGUGGGCAACUGGACCAGAUUUUGUGAAACAAAUGGCAUAAAGCCAGGGGAUGAGUGCAGGUUCCAACCUGAAAACGAGAAGUUCUGCUGUUAUAGAGUUGACGUUAUGAACAAGUGA